UUUUACAGUCCAAGGGAAAAGGAAUAAGGAAGGAAACCACCUUUUGACGAAACUAGCUGACAUUUGAUACCUAUUUUCACCCUUCUUCUCAAGUAAAGACUCCAAUCCAAAAAGCUCAUUUUUCUGUAUAAAUUACUGAACAAGCCGCCAUUUUUUAGGGGCAUUACAUUAAAUUAAUACGUAGAAGAACACUGUUCCUUUGGAUUUGACGCAAUUUUCUGUCUCCAAUCUUGCAUACUGAAGAGAGUGUGUGUUUGUGUGUGAGAGAGAUGAGGGAGAGGAUAACGAUGAUGGUCGUGGUGGUUACUUUACUUGUGGCUCAAUUUGGAUCAUCAUCGGCCUCCCGAAAUCUGCAACAGGGAUGGUGGAAAACGUUCUUAUUAGGAGGAACGACUUCGUCCGGAGUCAAUCCAGCUGGUUCCUCCGUUGUCUUUCCUCUUUAUGGCAAUGUCUAUCCUAUUGGGUUCUAUUAUGUUCAAGCAAAUGUUGGGCAGCCGCCAAGACCGUAUUUUCUGGAUCCAGAUACAGGUAGUGAUCUUACCUGGCUUCAAUGCGAUGCCCCCUGCGUUAGAUGCACAGAGGGUCCUCACCCAUUAUAUCGACCCAACAAUGAUUUGGUAACCUGUAGAGAUUCGAUUUGUGAAUCUCUCCACUCCCCAGAUUAUGAAUGCGAUAAUCCAAGACAAUGUGAUUACGAAGUAGACUAUGCAGAUGGCGGAUCUAGUCUCGGUGUUCUUUUGACUGAUUCCAUGGCUCUCAAUCUUACAAAUGGAUUACUUCUUAAUCCCCGCUUGGGUAUUGGCUGCGGGUAUGAUCAAAUCCCAGGAGUAUCAUCUCAUCCUUUGGAUGGAGUACUAGGACUUGGUAGGGGAAAGUCGAGUAUUGUCUCUCAGCUUCACAGUCAAGGGCUUGUAAGAAACGUGAUUGGCCAUUGUUUUAGCAGUCGAGGUGGCGGUUUUCUUUUCAUCGGGGGAGAUGAUGUUUACGACUCCUCUCGUGUUGUUUGGGAACCAAUGUCACAUCUUGACCAAAAGCAUUAUUCAGCUGGGGGUGCAGAAUUGCUGUUAGGUGGGAAAUCGACGGGUUUGAGAAAUCUAAUGGUUAUAUUCGACAGUGGAAGUUCUUACAGUUAUCUGAAUUCUCAAGCAUACCAAUCAUUGAUUUCAUUGAUGAGGAAAGAUCUUAAUGGGAAGGCGAUAAAAGAAACAAGAGAUGAUCGUACUCUUCCUGUCUGUUGGAGAGGGAAGAAGCCAUUCAAAACAAUUAGAGACGCGAGGAAGUUCUUCAAGCCUCUAGCAUUAAGUUUUUCACGCGGUUGGAGAUCACGAUCGACGUUUGAAAUCAAUCCCGAAUCAUACCUUAUAAUCUCAUCUAAAGGAAAUGCUUGCUUAGGAAUCUUAAAUGGAACUGAAGUGGGUCUCCAAAAUUACAACCUUAUUGGAGAUAUAUCGAUGCAAGAUAAAAUGGUGAUAUACGACAAUGAAAAGCAAAUGAUCGGAUGGGUUAACUCUAGCUGUGAUCGGAGCCCCAACUCCCAUUUCGCAUCGAUGUAGUGUAACUGCUGCCUACGAUAAAGAUUUAUUUGUACAUGAUUGUGUAUACAAGUUGAAGGGUAAUUCCAUGUAAAAUCAGCUUUAAUAAACUACUAAAAGAUUUGAUUCAUCUGUUGUAACAUAUGAUGAUUUGUCAA